AUGGUGAUGCGUUGGGGAUUUUUUUCGGUGAAUCGAAACCUACCAUGUAUAUUUCUUGGGGCGUUUAUCGGAUAUAACGUUGACGUCUGCUGCUCAGUAAAGGGCAGGUCAAUGUAUCCAACACUAAUACCCGGUGAUUACGUGUUGUUCAUUCCAUCUUUUGUGCAUUUACUUGCAAGGGAACUGACGAAGAUGCAGUUGGUGCGGGAGGGAGAUAUUGUUGUUAUGCAAAUUUCACCGGAGUUAAGAGUUUGCAAACGGGUCGUUCGAACCACCAGCGAUGCUUCGGUCGUGCAGUACUGGAACAACUUACAGUUCACGGUACCGGCGCUGGUGCUGGGGGGUGAGCCUUCGGAAAACUCAGGAGGAGAGGAAGAAACUGGCGCACAUAGUGACAACAGUUCUAGGUCACACGAAUGGGACACAUGCCUCGAACGUGCUGGAAACAAGUCAGCGCUUUGGCUCUGGCUCGAGGGUGAUAAUCCUCUAGAGAGUUUUGACUCACGUCAUACCGGCGCCAUGCCCGUUGAAUGUCUCCGUGGCCGUGUGCUGUUGAAAAUAUGGCCCUCCCUUACACGUCUUCCUUCAACUGCUCCGAAAGGGGGAGCGGGUGAGGGACCAUAA